CGCAGUGAUGGCUGGCGGGUAAGGGUUCCCUAACGUCCCCGACCUUCAGACCCGGCCCUCGACCCGGCCCUCGACCCGGCCCUCGACCCGGCCCUCGACCCGGCCCUCGACCCGGCCCUCGACCCGGCCCUCGACCCGGCCCUCGACCCGGCCCUCGACCCGGCCCUCGACCCGGCCCUGACCGUCCUCUGGUCUUGCCCCGCCUCGGCCCCUUGGCCUCGCACUGAGCUACACUCCUUCAGGCGGUGGUGUUGCCGAGGGCUUCGACCGGCCGACCCAUCGAGCAGUCAUGGCCGCUUCCAGGACGCCCGCCAUGGAGCAGGGCGAUGCCUACCACCGCUCAGGUCUCUACACCCACCACGAACUGCACAAGACCUUGCCCCACCUGCAGCAGCAGCAGCACCUGGAGAUGGCUGCCAGGCUCCCUAGCGCCCCUGUGGCACCCUCAGCGCCCGCCCCAGCGGCCAGGGCCUCGCGCAACGGCAGCACCUGCAGCACCGCCAGCAGCGUCGCCGGCGGCAGGACUCGACACAGCAGCAACCCCAGCCUCCGGGGCGGCGCCUCCAUCAGUCGCAACAACAGCACUGCCAGCACCCAGAGUCUGAGUGGUCAGCCGCGCGGGCUAGGCUUCGAUAAUGGCGCCCUACCUUCCCUCAAGGCCGAUGGAGGAGGGGUGAUGGAGGAUAGUCUACUGGAGGGCGGACCUUCCCUCAUGGAGACCUCCACCGCCACCACCUCCACCGUCGACUCCACAGCCGAGUUGGUCCACAGUAACCAUGGGUUAUCCUAUAACACAACUACCAGCGCAAAUACCCACUCCAACCCUGCCACCAUCACCACCAGCAGUUCCCCUCAGGUCGAUUCCAAUGAUUGUGGUCUUUUCUCCUUCAGACCGGCCUUUCUCCAGCGAUUAGCCAACAUAAAGAUCUUUGUUUUUUUGCUGUCUAUACUGGUGACUGUCCAGCAAGCUUUGGCAUCAGGGUACCUCAACUCCGUCAUCACCACCAUAGAAAAGAGAUACGAGAUCCCGUCCUCUCUCACUGGGGUUAUUUCUUCUAUGUAUGAGAUAGGAAAUGUUAUUACUGUCAUUUUUGUGUCGUAUUUAGGAUCCAAGAGACGAAUUCCAGUUUGGAUAGGAGUUGGUUGUUGUGUGAUGGGGGUCGGAUCUGUGCUGUUUGUAAUGCCCCAGCUUAUAGCUGACCGCUGGUCUAUUGAAUUGGAAACAAUCAACAACACAGACUCCAGCAAUAAUAUUUGUAGAAAUGCACGAGUGCGAGACGAUACCUCUGAACGUCUUUCUGAGUACGGCUUUGGCACCUUACCAGACCUGUCCAAAGGUGUGCCUCUGGGCUCUCACAACAGCAUCCAGUACGGCAAACCCGACAAUUGCAUCAAGGGAUCUCGCAGCAAUGUUAUGCCAGUGAUGUUCUUCAUGUUAGCUCAGCUCUUACUUGGUGCAGGAGGCUCGCCGUUAUUCACCCUCGGAACAACAUAUAUUGAUGACCAUGUGAAGAGGGAGAGCUCCUCAAUGUAUAUAGGCAUUAUCUACACCAUGGUGGCCUUUGGACCGGUGUUGGGAUUCUUGCUCGGAGCGUAUCUCAUAUCCUAUUAUGUGGACACACUCUUUGUUGAUACGUCAAUAAUGCAAGCAGAUCAUAAGCAUCCACGAUGGAUUGGGAUGUGGUGGGGUGGCUUCCUCCUCUGUGGCCUUCUCCUCAUAGUGAUCUCUAUUCCUUUCUUCAUGUUUCCCAAGACACUAAAGAAAGAAAAGGAGAAGGUGAGGAUGGAAGAGAAAACAAAAGAAUUUCAGAAGGGUCAUCGUCGCACAAAAUCGCAGACAUCAACAUGCUCGCGUCACUCAACACUCUCCACCAAGCGAGUAUAUGGCAAAGAUGUUCGAGAUAUUCCACUAUCAAUGCUGAAGCUUCUAGUGAACCCCAUCUAUGUCAUGACGUGCUUGGGAGCGUGUAUGGAGCUCAUGAUCGUCUCCGGCUUCAUCGUUUUCCUGCCAAAGUACCUGGAGACACAGUUCUUUCUUUCCAAUGUUCAGGCCUCUAUCUUUACUGGUGGGAUAGCUAUUCCUGGUGCUUGUAUCGGUAUCUUCCUGGGAGGCUACCUACUGAAACGGUUUAGCUUGCGCCCAAAAGGUGCCAUACAGAUGGUUAUGGUCUUCAACCUCAUUGGUCUAAGUUUUUACGGCCUCCUUUUUGUUCUUGGGUGUGAUAACGUGAAGAUGGCUGGCACUACAUCUCCGUACUUCAACACCUCAAUGGCACAUUCAGUAGCAAACAGUCCUGGUCGCUUGGAUAAUGGUGGAGCAUUCCAAGUUAACUUGACCGCAUGGUGCAAUACUGGGUGCUCGUGUUCCUCCGCACUUGUGGAACCUGUGUGUGGUAACAAUGGACUCACCUAUUUCUCCCCAUGUCAUGCUGGAUGCACAUCGUACUCUCCUCAGCAUAAAUUUGCAAAUUGCACGUGCAUACUUGGGGAAGGAAACCAUUCUUCACCCUUUCCUUCGGCAUCUUCCUCAUCGGUGACUGCUGGAGCGUUUUCUGAAGUGACGGUUGUCCCCGUAGCAACUGCUGGCCCCUGUUAUAUUCCCUGCAACACUAUCAUGCCUUUCAUGAUCCUCCUGUUCUUCAUGUGUACCGUUGUUGCUAUAAGUCAGAUGCCUCUUCUUAUGAUUGUGCUAAGGUCUGUGGAUGAGGAAGAGAGGUCCUUUGCCCUGGGUGUGCAGUUCGUGAUUUUCCGUCUCAUUGCAUACAUUCCGGCACCAAUCAUGUUUGGGUCCGUGAUCGACUCUACGUGUCUCCUCUGGAAGAGUUCGUGUGGAGAAAAGGGAGGACGCUGCCUCAUAUAUGACAUUGAACAGUUCAGAUUCAGGUAUGUGGGAAUCUGCACUGCCAUCAAGAUCAUCUCUGCAGCAAUAUUUGUAUUUGAUUGGCUCUUAAUUCGCUGGAAGUACAAGCUUGAUAUGGAAGGGACCAUGACAGUAGGAGAUAUUGUCAAUUCUCUCAUGUCCGUUGAUAAGGAUGUAGACGAACCUUUGGAUGAACUAGAGGAGAGUGUGUGGCUUCCUGAGCUUCAGGGAUCACGGCAAGUUCCACCUUCAGGUCCUUGUCAGGCUACCUCGGCCAAUGGUGUGACUUCUGCUAUAACUACGGCUCACCACCACCAUAGGCGGAAUGGAUCUUUAAUUAAUCGGCCACAAUUACCUUCUCAUGGCCCUGGUCACAAGAGAUCCCAGUCCGGGUCAUACAUUCCAUCUCGGCCAUGGGCAGGAUUGUACCAGCACAGACGCUCUCACUCCAGCUCAGGAUAUCAGCACAUCCCUGGCCCACCCGGGACUGCUCCGCCAGGAAUUCUUGCCACGCAGCCCGGUCACCAGCGUCGGGCAAGUUCUGGUCAGCAGGUUACUUUCCGUGGUUUGGCUGAAGACCCGAACGACUUAACGGGCGUCAGAGUUGUCGUUCAAGGCCACGCAAGUCUUGCCGACGACGAAGAUAUGGCAAUCAAAGUCUAGAAAAUAGUUUAAAAAUAUGUCGAUCAUACUUUUAUUUUGGAUUAGUGCUUUACAAGAACAUGUAUUGGUAAAUAAAUUCAAAUACCUAUUGAUACUAUGGUAUUUUAAGAUGACGUUAACAGUUGCUAUUAGAGAAGUUUCAAUGUCAGUCUGAGUAACGCUAAUUUCCCAACUUGUAAUUCUUUAAUGCUUCCAAGCAGUUGAGAUCAUUGUGACACUCGUGCUGAGCCUCGUUGAAGGGAUCUAUCUCCCAUGUUUUGUCAAUAGUUAUGACGGCUAUGGAAACUAGAAUAGUUUAUGGUUUUGUUGCUGGCUUACUAUCUGAAUAAUCCACGAGAUAAUUGCUUGCCAUGUUUAUAGUUAGAUUAAUGUAGACAAAAACAUAAAAUAAAAUUUUAGAGACAAUAACUCAAAUUAUAAUCGAAUCGUGCUUGCAUAGCCAAUAGAGAAAACGCAGAGUCAUUCACACGCAUUCUAGUUGACUUGCUGUACGAGCGUCUCAGAGGCGAUAGUUACGUUAUCUUCAUUCCAGGCUUCUGCUUGGAAAUACACCAGCAAGGUUGUUUUAUGUAUAUACAAAUAUCUAGUUUUCAUGUACAGCUAAAAACUAAGUGCCUAAAACUAGCAUGCCACUGGUACUAUUUCUGAAUAUUGUUGUGCUCAACUAAGCUUUAGUCAAAGUGGAUGUUGAGGGUGCUUGUGUUAGGUCAAGGAUCAUGCAUACGCAAGCAGCUCUGUCUAUUGUGAUUUUCCUUAUAAUACUGUAUUGGGUAUCUGGUGUGGAUACCAUAUUGAAAAAAAAAGUUUUUUCAUUUUUGUGUGUGAGCCAAAUGUUGGCUUAUGGUUCAGAAAUUACCAAUUGAUAUUUACAAAAAUUCCACAAAUAUUUUAGUUAAUUUUGUAUAGAAUUUGUAACAGCCUGACUGCAAAUUGUCAUAAGUACUGAACUGAUACAUGCAAGCACCAAUUACUUGCCUCUUGUCAACUUGUGUAUGAUAUUUUUAAUUAAAACCAAUAGAAUCGAGAGUUGUUCCAAAAGCACAGAACCUCAACCACAUACACUGGAAGGCACCGUGGUGGAAGGGCUGCAUCGUUGUUUGGAGUCUACAUAAUACCACUCUAGUUUAUUGGCCAUAAAUGUUGGAGUAUUACACCCACACAUCUGAAAAUAAACAAAUUCACAAUGUUUCUGUCCAUCCUGGACCAUUAUCAAGUAGUGGAAAACCUAUUUCUAUAUUUUUCCCUUACUCCCUUCUUCAAACCUCUUCCUAUAUUACUUGCCUCUUGAAUUUAUCUUGAGAUGAUUUCGGGGCUUUUAGUGUUCCCGCGGCUCGGUCCUCGACCAGGCCUCUACCCCCCAGGAAGCAGCCCGUGACAGCUGACUAACACCCAGGUACCUAUUUUACUGCUAGGUAACAGGGGCAUAGGGUGAAAGAAACUCUGCCCGUUGUUUCUUGCCGGCACCUGGGAUCAAACCCAGGAUCACAAGUCCAGCGUGCUGUCCGCUCAGCCGACCAGCUCCCACACGAAGAGUACCUCACUCUUAUUCUGCAACCUUCUCACCUAUUGUCUUGCUCUUACCUUAUAAACCAACUUUCUCUACCACUUUUUCCAUUAAUGACCUAAUAAUGGUCCAAAAUGGACUGAAACGUCAAUUUUUUAUUUUCAAAUGUGUGGGUUGGGCGCCUAAUUUUCAGCCACGUUAUUGUGACUUAUUAUCCGCAUUUGAGUAUUACAUCUGGUGGUUUAUGUAGAGCUGGUCUCUUGCAUUGAAACCCACAGUGCUACACGCCUCAAUUUCUCUUCCCUCUUAAUAAUGCCACUUUAGUGCAAAAUUCAAUUACCAAAUAAUAGUUCAAUAAAUGUUAAUGCCAAGGCUAUUAGUAAUAAUACAUAUGAAAGAUAGGUGGUAGGUACAGUAGUCUUAGUAUUUGCCUAGUUAUACUUGUUGAGGGGGGAGAGUGUCAACUUCAGUUCUCCACUUUCAUAUUAACAUCUCGGAACCAAAAUCUAUUAGCUGAACACAGUGCAUUUUGUUGAUAUAUGCUUUGGUUUCAUUUGACUCGCCUCCCUGUAAAUCUAGUUCAAUUUAAAAGUGUUUCUUUUAUUUUCAUACUAAUUUCUCCCCAAGUUACAACUCUGGUACUUUAACUUGAAGCAUUAAAUUUUAGAUUUUUGUUGUAAGCAUUUAUAGAGACCACUGAUACUAAGGUGUUGAGAUGGCUACUAGAGUAGGCAGGCAACAAAAAAAUAAACAAAAAAAUUAUAAAUAGGAAGAUUAUGUAUUACUGUUUCCAUAGUGGUGGAAAAGGUAAGAUAAUUGAGCAGGAAAAAAAAAAGGAUAUGCAUAUUUUCACAAGUC